AUGGCUCGCAACCAGGCCACACAGCCGAACUCGCAGCAGCGGUCAACAAGCACAGGCCAGCAGUCCUCAACCCCGAGGCGGCGUGAGCCAUUAGCCCUGCUCAACAUCGAUGGCAAGCAGUUCCUCGAGAUCCGCCAGGGAUAUUCGCCAAUCAUGGUGCCGUCUCACAUGCUCGACACAGUGCGCACAGUGCUGUCGGAGCACCUGCGGCGGUAUCUUAAUGCCCAGCAACCACAGGUCAGCUCGCCUCCCCAGUCUCCGCCUCAUAUUGCCUCUACCCCUUCCCACUAUGUGGCCACCAAUCCGUCGGCCGAGGAGCACACAAGCCCUAGCUUGGCCAUGGUGCCGCCACCGCCACCACAGAGCAGCGGGAUGACCAUGACUGCCCAGCCGCACACCCCCCAUCCAGCCUGGGUCCUGCGCCGCGGGUCGGUGUCUUCACACGAGGGCGAAGACAUGGAUGUCGCCAGCAACUUUGACGACGACAGCGAGGAGGAGGAGCUGAAAAAGCCCGCCAAUGCCUUCAUCCUCCGAAAGCUGAGCGUCGAAGUUGCCUCAACCAUGAUCAGCAAGUGCUGGCACAACGAGCAGGAAGCACACGCUGACCGCUACUUUGCAAAGAAGAAGCGGAUUCUAGCCCGCCAGAAGCUGCGCAAGGACCGCGAGGAUGCCGCCUUGCUGGGAGCUUCCAAGACCCUGCCGCUUCAGCCGCGCCGCACGCCUUCGGGCUCGCAGUUUGCUAGCCAAUGCCUGCAGCACUCGGCUUCAUUCUCGUCGGAAUUCAACAUGGGUAUGCAGCAGCAGCCGCCGCCACCGCUGCAGCAGCCGCAGCACUUUGGCUUGGAGCGUGCGAUGACUCAUCCAACACACUCUGACAUGAGCAGCAGCCUGCUUACAUCGUCUGUUGCUGACACCGCAUCGCUUGUUACUGGCAUAAGCUCGUCAUCGUUGACACCAGGCAUGGGCGCCAUGGGCGCUAAUGGCUUCAACCUGGGCUUGAAUACCAACGGCAGCAUGCUCAGCCCGAUGGGCUUCAGCCAGACAAUGGACCCCUCCUUGACCCACUUCAAGUCAAACUACCACAACGGGCUUGAUAACCCCUUGGCCAUGACCUCCGCCACUCUGACACCCACCCUCCAAAGCUCAGACCCGGUUACUGCCCCAGCCAGCUCGGCUUGGCCAAUCCAGAAUCCCCCCCUUGAUGAUGACUCGUGGACCAUGAUUAGCUCACUGAUCCAGUCGUCGGGCGUCGACACAAAUGCGCCUCUGGCCACCCCGUAUGUCGAGGACCAGCGCACUCUCUAAAAAUAUCCCCUAUAUUAUUACCCAGACUUCUUGGCAUUUUCCUUUAGCAAAGCCAGUCACCCUAUGUAACAUAUAAGCUUAUCACCAAUCUAAAUGAAAAAGAUACACGAGCCAAUAUUUCUGAC